AUGGUGGAGGCCGGCGGCAUUGAGGUGGAGCAGGCCGACGGUGACGCGGACUGGAGCAGAGCAGUCGAGGCGGAUCGACCAGCGCGGAGGUGGAGCAGCCCGACGUCAAGGCCAAUCCGACGGCACGUCACGAGCAGGCCCCGUCCCUUCCCUUUUUCCCCAUCCCCAUCAAGAUCCAUCACCGCCGCUCGCGGGCACCUCCGGUCGAGGAGGAGGCAUAAGCGCGGGUCGUCCGGUCGCAGCCGCGUCACAGAGGUCCGCCAUCAUCGGUGCUGGGAAAGGCCUCCGGCGAGGACGGGGAUGGUCACGGGCUCCACGCUAGCUGCCAGGCAUCUCCUUUCUCUCCAUCGCCGGCGAGCCAUGCAGCUCCCAGUGCCCAUUUGGCGAGGCGCGGGCGGCGUGGGGGAGCUCCGCCCGGGGCCGACGAGUCGUGGGUGGCGCAAGAAGGCGCCGCCGCCAGCAUGGUCCGGUGUGGAGAGGAGGAGAAGAUGGUCGAUUCUCAAAUGCCAUGGGCACGAGAUCCUCCAGAGGUUUGUGCUGUUUGGCGUGAAAUUUUUGGGUGCGAUUUGCUUUGCUCACAUGGGGGAUCAUGUCGCGGUGGAUGUUGGGGAGCUCGUAGCGUCCCGAGUCGGUGAGGCAGCGGGGUUGGUGUCCGGCGGCAAGGAGGAAACGGAGGCGCUGAUUGGGAUGGUGGAGUGCCGCAUUUGCCAGGAGGAGGACCUCGCAAAGAACCUCGAGAGCCCCUGCGCUUGCAGCGGCAGCCUCAAGUAUGCUCACAGGGAAUGUGUGCAGCGUUGGUGCAAUGAGAAAGGAGAUAUAACCUGUGAAAUCUGCCAUGAGUCGUACAAGCCUGGUUACACUGCCCCAACCCAGGUGCAUCAUGAUGAAACUACCAUAGAGAUAAGUGGUGGAGAUUGGACCAUAUCUGGCAACCGUUUGGAUUUACAUGAUCCUAGAAUAUUGGCAAUGGCUGCUGCUCAAGACCGUUUACUUGAAGAUGAGUAUGAUGAAUAUACUGCAACAAACAACAAUGCUGCUGCGUUUUGCCGCUCUAUAUUUCUGAUUUUGAUGGCCCUUCUGCUCCUGAGGCAUACACUGACCAUUACUAACAGUGAUGAUGAAGAUGAUGCAUCUGCUAUUUUCUCGGUUAGUGAUUAA